AUGACCAACGACCCGCAGACCGUGCGAGCGACGAAGCGCAAACGUCCCGAGUCAUUCAAUGCCCACUCACCCGAACCCGCAAAGCAAGCGCGCCUCCCGACACCAACAUCAACCCAAGCUCGCGAAGCGCUCUCCGACCAGUUCGGCCUGGAGAUGGACCCGGGGGACUUCAAAAUGCUCUGUGGCUACCUUUGCGCCCUUCUCAACUGGGGGUACCGCAUCCACGUCCACGACAUCGACGCCUUCGUAGUGCUCCACCUGCUCUACCUCUCGCAAUUACCGCAGUUCGAAGAAACGCAACUGGCGUCCCCUUCCUGGGCCACACCGUCAUAUCACCAAUGGUUCGCGGCGCAGGACUUGGCGGCGCACGGGUUCUCGAGGGCCACACAUCCGAUCAUCGACGCACGACGUCUGCGAGCCAUCGGCGAAGAAAACCCUUGCACCUUUCGCUUAGCGGCGCUGGCUCUCGAGUACAUCCAAGAGCAUCGACUCUGA